GAAGAUGGCUGUAAAUGCUUAUCCAACUCAGAAAAUUGAUGAUCUCAAGCACACAGGUGUCUUACCAAAAACAAACAUGGUGGCAUCUUCUUUAUUAAUAUUAAUUUCUCCUCUAAUAAAGCUCUAUUUAUCAUGCAAGAACUUCCAAACAACUCUUCCAGUCGUCAUCCUCCCCACUCUUCUAAAACUACACGUGUAACCAUGUUCUUCAUCAUCAUCUACUGCACUAUGUGUCAAGAACCCGAAAGAAAAACCAUAUCUAUAGAGCUCUCAUUUAAGCUUUGAUUUACUAAGCUCACCACCCAAGACGUUCUUGCUAGUGAAAUCAGAUUGGUUUGAGGAUGGAUUUGUUUAAUACUGUGAUGAAUUGGGUGGUGCCUCCGGCAAGCUUGGUGAUGUUGGCCUGUUCAUGGCCAGCUUUGUUUUUUAUAAAUACGUGUGAGUGGCUUUACAGAUCUUAUUACAGUGAAGAUAUGGAAGAUAAAGUUGUUAUUAUCACUGGAGCUUCUUCUGGCAUUGGAGAGCAAAUUGCAUAUGAAUAUGCAAAAAGAAAAGCAAACCUUGUAUUGAUUGCGCGAAGAGAACUCAGACUCCGAGGGAUCAGUGAGAAAGCUAGCCAUAUGGGUGCAAAGAAUGUGAUUUUUAUGGCUGCAGAUGUUGUCAAGGAAGAUGAUUGUAGAAAAUUUGUUAAUGAGACUAUAAACUUCUUUGGACGCGUGGAUCAUCUGGUCAACACGGCAACCUUGGGUCAUACGUUCUAUGUUGAAGAGGUUACAGAUACGGCUGUGUUUCCGCAUUUGAUGGACAUAAAUUUUUGGGGAAACGUGUAUCCAACAUUUGCUGCUCUUCCUUACCUUCAUCGGACAAACGGGCGAAUCAUUAUCAAUGCAGCGGUUGAGAACUGGUUACCUCUGCCAAGAAUGAGCUUAUAUGCUGCUGCGAAAGCAGCUGUCGUGAACUUCUAUGAGGCGCUACGAUAUGAAAUGAAUGGUGAUGUUGGAAUAACUAUAGCAACUCAUGGUUGGAUUGGUAGCGAGAUGAGUAGAGGAAUGUUUAGGCUAGAGGAGGGUGCAGAGAUGCAAUGGAUAGAAGAAAGAGAGGUGCAAGCUAGUGGUAGUUCGGUGGAAGAAUAUGCAAAGUUAAUAGUAUCGGGAGCAUGCCGAGGAGAUCAGUAUGUGAAGUUUCCAAGUUGGUAUGAUAUAUUCCUCCUCUACAGGCAGUUUGCACCAAAUGUUCUCAAUUGGACAUUUCGGCUGCUGCUAGCCAGGCAUAGUGCAAGACGAACUUCACUCGUCGGAACCGGAAGACCGACAAUAGAAGGUAGCCCACCAAGGAAACUUCUUACAAGUCCUACAACCAAAUCCCCAGCAAGUCCCAUGCAAAUGCAAAAACUGGAAUAGAAGAGGUUUAUAGUCUAAGGCAGUUGUGCCAUAUUUGGAACCUUUCUUAAGGUCUUGUUCAUAUACAAUUUUUUUCUUGCAUGAGUUUGUGUUUUUAGCGUUACAUUUGAAUUAUUGUGAAAUUUGGUGAAUAAAUGGGGCUUAUUUUAUGAUU